AGCUGCCAGCUCUGUCCUGCAGGGAUCGGCUCGGACACCCUUGGAGGGGCCACUGGGGCCACCUCUCCGGGACUUCUUGCUUCCUUUCCCCACGUGUCGCGCCUUUCCCACAGCCUCUAGCACAGCCGAGUCAGGUGAGAGGCUGGGACCGCACCACCACUGAGAGCGGAGACUGAACCUAGGGCAGAGUUCCCGGGGUCCGUCAAAGCCAGCUCUGUGCUAAGCCUCAGGGAGGGAAGACUGGAAGGGUAGAAUUCUUCCCUAAGUACACCUGACGUCCUUGGCCUUCGACUCCUCUUCACCUGCCCCUCAAUCCUCAAGAAAGGUCGGGGAGCAAUGGGUGAUUGGGGCUUCCUGGAGAAGCUGCUAGAUCAAGUCCAGGAGCACUCUACCGUGGUCGGCAAGAUCUGGCUAACGGUUCUAUUCAUCUUCCGGAUCCUCAUUUUGGGACUCGCGGGUGAGUCGGUCUGGGGAGAUGAGCAAUCAGACUUUGAGUGUAACACAGCUCAACCAGGCUGCACCAACGUGUGCUAUGAUCAGGCCUUCCCCAUCUCCCACAUCCGCUACUGGGUCCUGCAGUUUCUCUUUGUCAGCACACCCACACUGGUCUAUCUGGGUCAUGUCAUCUACUUGUCCCGGCGAGAAGAGCGGCUGCGGCAGAAAGAGAGUGAGCUGCGGGCGCUACAGACCAAGGACCCGCGAGUGGAGCAGGCGUUGGCCACUGUGGAGCGGCAGAUGGCAAAGAUCUCUGUAGCAGAAGAUGGGCAUCUGCGCAUCCGGGGAGCGCUGAUGGGCACCUAUGUAGCCAGCGUGAUCUGCAAGAGCCUGCUGGAGGCAGGCUUCCUCUAUGGGCAGUGGCGUCUGUAUGGCUGGAUGAUGCCGCCCGUGUAUGUAUGCCGACGCCUCCCCUGCCCACACCUUGUGGACUGCUUUGUGUCCCGCCCCACAGAAAAGACCAUCUUCAUCAUCUUCAUGCUGGUCGUGGGGUUGAUCUCCCUAGUGCUCAACCUGCUGGAGCUGGCACAUCUCAGCUUCCGGUGUAUGGGUCAUAAGCUGAGGGCCCGGCAGACCAGGGCUCGGCCAGGGUCCUACUCUACUGCCCUAGGGGACGGGGCUGCUGUUGGUAGUUCUGGGGACCCCUAUUCAGAUCGAAUGUUCUUUUACCUCCCCAUGAACGAAACACCCACAUCUCCUCCAUGCCCCUCCUACAACAAGCUGUCUAGUGAACAGAACUGGGCCAACCUGAAUGCAGAAGAGAGCCUGGCCCUCCAGAAGCGAAGCGUGCUACCUGGGCCAGGGCCCACUCACUCUGAGGGCCCCUACUUGGCCCAGCCUCCCCAGACUGGGGACAACCUCCCGAGUCGCCCUAGUAGCUCAGCUUCCAAGAAACAGUAUGUGUAGGGGGCCUGCGUCUUAACCCUCAUUACCACAACCUCUAAGCAGAACUCUUCUUUUCAGGGAGAAGUGGUGGGGAGAUGUUUCUCAGCCUCUUGUUUUGAAGAUGCCUCCCUCCCAAACUGCAUGUGAGUGAAUUCUCCCACUGUAGAGGGAGUGAUCUAGCCACGAACCUGUGAGGGCUGGCAUUCCUGUGGGCUGCAGAGCCUGGCUGCACCUGGCCUUCCCAGGCACCAAAGAGACCUCGUGAUCUUGGAUCAUGGCUCAUUGACUAUUCCUUGGACCAACCAAACUUUAUCCUAUCCUGGAAAGGCCAACAGUGUUGACAACACCGAGCCAACAUAGAUCUAGUUGUGGAAGUCCAAUGGGUCAGACUUCCCAGAUCAUGUCUUUCUCUCCAUCCCAACUUGUUUCAUUCUGUCCAGCCUGCAGGUAUUGGGUGGGGGAGGGGGGUGGAUACAUAGAAAAAGGCACUGCAUAUCUGUCCUGUGCUGUCAUGGGGGCUAGGAGGAGAGGGAGGAGUAUCAUGUCCCUUCAGGAUUGAGGGUUCUUGAUGUAAAAGUCCAAGGCAGCAGGCCUCUCGAGUUACAUUCCUCUCUGGGUCCCCUAAGCCUUGGUGGAGGAACUCAUAGAUGUGUUCCAUUGCCCAGGUGUCCACCCUGGAUUCGGGUUUAAAAAUACCUUGGAAGAAGAGAGGUUAGAUUAUGCUGUGCUUUAUUGGCCUCCACCAAAGGGAGCCCCUCACCCACACACACAUAUUGGAGCCACUGGCUCCUAGUCAAAAGCUGUGACUCCCUUGUCUGUGCCCUCACUUAGGGCUAGGUUAGCUACAUCCUCACUCCAUCCUGGAGAGAAGGAGCUAAGCCAGGGCUGGGAAAAGUGGGAUUGGAACCUUUUCCACCCUAAUGUUCAGUUUUUUGUUCUAAAAUAAAUGGGACCUGAAUAUGA